AGGCGGCGGCGCGCGUGACGCGGGGCGGCCGGCGGAGGGAAGAUGGCGGCGGCGGCGGCAGGCGGCCGUUGGGCCGCGGUGUGUGAGAAGUUCCGCACCGCCCGGACGCUCUCGGCCGUGGAGUCGCGCAAGGACCCGGAGACCGAGCCCUACCGCUCCAAGUACAGCGCCCGAGCGCUGCUCCAGGAGGUCAAGCAGCUGCUGAGCGCCGCCGAGGAGGGCGGCGAGGCGCGGGUGCUGGCCGUGCGGCGGGCCGUGCUGGAGUACGAGCUGGGCGUCAACCACACCGACACCGAGGAGCUGUCGGCCGGCGAGGAGCACCUGCAGCGUUGCACGCAGCUCCUCCAGCCCCACCGCCUCUCCCCGGACUGCGUCUCCCUCUACAUACAGGCCCAGAACAAUCUAGGUAUCCUGUGGUCUGAAAGGGAUGAAAUUAAAACUGCGCAAACUUACUUGGAAUCUGCAGAAGCCCUGUAUAAUCAAUACAUGAAAGAGGAUGGAAAUCCUCCCCUGGAUCCCAGUGAACAUUUCAUGGCAGAAGAAGAAAAACUCACAGACCAAGAAAGAUCUAAAAGAUUUGAGAAAGCCUAUACACAUACUCUAUAUUAUCUGGCACAAGUCUAUCAACACCUGGAGAUGAUUGAGAAGGCUGCUCAGUAUUGCCAUACUACUCUUAAACGACAGCUUGAGUACUGUGGCUACUACCCAGUAGAAUGGGCACUCAAUGCUGCUACUUUGUCCCAGUACUAUCUCUCUAAGCAAUGCUUUAUGGAGUCCCGACACUGUUUAGCAGCAGCCAGUGUCAUCUUUAGCCAAGCUGAACAGGUGCCCACUGCUGAAGACAAUGAAAUAGAGCAAGACCAACAGGACCUUCGACAGAGAAAGGCUGAAAUUGCAAGGUGCUGGAUUAAGUAUUGCCUGAAUCUCCUGCAAAGCGCUCGGAAAUUACUUGAGGAUAACAUAGGAGAGCUGGAUCCAGACAGGCAGUUGGAACUUAAAGCCCAACGGAAAAAAGAAGAGGAUGAAAAAGAGAAGGGCAGGAAAAAAGCUGUCCUUUUUGGGACGAGUGAUAUAUGUGACUCUGUCUUAGCCAUGGAAGAGAAAGUGAGCAGUGUAUAUCCUUUAGAUUUUCAAGAAGCCAGAGAAAUCUUCCUAGUUGGUCAGAACUACGUUCAGGAAGCAAAAGAGUUCUUUCAGGUUGAUGGUUAUGUUACUGACCAUAUUGAAAUUGUUCAGGAUCACAGCGCUUUGUUUAAGGUACUCGCUUUCUUUGAAGAAGACUAUGAGAGGCGCUGCAAAAUGCACAAGCGUAGAAUAGACAUGUUGGAGCCUAUAUGUGGAGACUUGAAUCCUCAAUACUAUCUGUUGAUUAGUAGGCAGCUUCAGUUUGAGCUAGCUGACACCUAUUAUGAGAUGAUGGAUUUAAAGGUAGCUAUUGGUAACAGGUUAGAGGAGCUCGACUCCCACACAAUUAAAAAAAUAAAUUCUCUGGCUCAGUUAGCAAUCAAAUAUUAUGAACUCUUCUUAGAUUCUUUGAGGAACCCAGAUAAGGUGUUUCCUGAAGAGCUCGAGGAAGAUGUUCUUCGCCCUGCAAUGGUGGCUAAAUUUCAUAUUGCACGACUAUAUGGUAAGCUUAUUACUUCGGAUAGCAAAAAGCAACUGGAAAAUAUGCAGACUUCAUUGGAAUAUUACACAUUUCUGGUAGACUAUUGUGAAAAGUAUCCAGAUGCUGUCCGUGCUGUUGAAACUGAACUAGAACUCAGUAAGGAGAUGGUGGGUCUCCUCCCAACAAGAAUGGAGAGAUUAAGAGCAAAACUGUGUCCGUUUAUAUAAAUAAUUGCCUUGAAGGAAAUAUGCGCUAUUAAAACGGUAUCUGUCAAAACCAGUGCUGUCGGACAGCUUCUGUCCUGCUUGGGAGAACUAAGGUGUCUACAGUUUGGCAGUCCACCUAGAGCGUCAGUAGUGUAACUUUUGUGAAAAACACAGAGCUCUUUCCGUUCAGUAGCUCACCCACACUAAUGGUGUAAACUUUAAAUGUAUAGUGAAUGUCCAGCUGAUGCUUUGUAUUGCUUGUCCUGUAUGUAAAUAUAAACCUUUUCUCCCAUAUGUUUUUUUUCUUUCAGCAUAUGGUUCAGUUUCUAAAUGUAGUGCUGUAUAAAAACUGUUUCUUUUAAGAGAAUCUGUUUCUCUAGGAAGAUUUUUCUAAGAAACCUGAGGCACGUUCUUCCAACCAGAAUACAUUUUAUCUCUUUUAACCUUUGUUCCCAGAAAACUUUAUCCAUAUGAAGGGAACUUCGUUAUUUUCAAUAUCUGUUUCGUAAAUUGCUUGGUGUUUUCUUUUUUUCCCCUGUUAAUCAAAACCUAGUUGUCAGAGGCUCAAUAAAUGGCUAGCUUGGCUAAAUGCUUUUUCAGA